AUGGACAAAGAUUGCGAUAUGGUAUAUAAGAACAUCUCUGACAUAUACAAAUCUGGGGAGUUUAAGACCUACGACAACUUUGUUUCGUUAGUUGCAAAAUGUGUUUGGGAAAUAAGAGAUAAAGAUAGUAGGGGUAAGGUAUGGAACGAACAAAUAAAACCCGCUAUGUUCGAGAUGAAGAGAGCAAUUGACGCCUUAGUUGUUUUAGCAGGUAAGGUUUCAGAAUAUAACGCAAAAAUGAACCCGCAAUGUUCAAAAUGUAAAGCAGCAAUGAGGAAAUAUAACUACUCAGUCAAAGAGAUAGAACGUAUGAGAAACGACUAUGCAGAUUUAAAGAAAGAAGCAGAAAAACCAGCAGAAGAUAAAAUGGACAUGUUAGAAUUUCUGAACAAAAACUAUCCAACAGCAGAAGAUUUCCUUCUUUCAGAUGUCAAGAAGAAGUAUAAAGAAACUUUCGGUAUCGUUAAAACAUUCGAUGUACUGACAGAAGAAAUAGAAGCUACGAAAUUGUUUAGGAUUUCAAAUAUACAUCAUACAAUUCAUGUAAAACGCUUAUAA